AUGGAUUUACUCAACGAAGACGCGUACCUCGAUUUGAUCCGGCGUGUUCUUGAUCACGGCAACAGUCGCGGCGAUAGAACAGGCACAGGAACCAUCUCCCUCUUCGCUCCCCAGAACAUGCGUUUCACCCUCUCAGACAACACACUGCCACUGCUAACGACUAAACGCGUUUUCUGGCGCGGUGUUGCUGAGGAGUUGCUGUGGUUUAUCAGUGGCAGUACCCACGCCAAUCAGCUCAGCGAUAAGGGCGUCAAGAUUUGGGACGGGAAUGGCAGCAGACACUUUCUCGAUAAACUCGGUUUUCACGAUAGAGAAGUGGGUGACCUCGGUCCCGUGUAUGGCUUCCAAUGGAGGCAUUUCGGGGCUUCCUAUCAAGGCCCAGCUCACGAUUACACCGGCGAAGGCGUCGAUCAACUCGCACAGGUCAUAAAUACUAUCAAAACUAAUCCCUACGACAGGCGUAUCAUAUUGAGCGCCUGGAACCCUCUGGAUAUCCCACAGAUGGCUCUCCCGCCUUGUCACGUGCUUGCACAGUUCUACGUCACCGACCCGAAUAGCGGUGAUGGGGGUGAUAGUGCUAGUAGCCAUACCAACCACGAAAGCGGGAAAAAGAAACUCUCUUGCCUCCUCUAUCAACGCUCAGCAGAUUUGGGACUAGGUAUACCUUUCAAUAUAGCCUCUUACGCGCUGCUGACCCACAUGAUUGCUCAUGUCACCCAAACUGAUGCUCACGAACUCAUCAUUCAGCUCGGAGAUGCACACGUAUACUCGAACCACAUCGACGCUCUGCGCACACAGCUAGAGAGAGAGCCACGGCCACUCCCAAAGCUGCAGUUCAAGAGGAACGUUCAAGAUAUCGACAGCUUCACCUUUGAUGACUUUGUCGUUGAUGGUUACAACCCUCAUGCUAAAAUUCCUAUGCAAAUGGCAGUGUGA